AUGUCACAAGUUAUUUAUCUAUCACUAAUUGGUUAUUAUGAAUUGCUGAAAACAAUCGGUAAUGGUGGGUUUGACAAAGUAAAACAAGCAAUACAUUUACUUACGGGCGAAUUUGUAGCUAUUAAAAUAGUUGAUAAAGCUAAAUUAGGUUAUUUUUGUAAUGGUGAAUUAUUCGAUUAUAUUAUCAAUCGAAAUCAUCUAUCCGAAGAACAAGCUCGAUAUUUCUUUCGUCAAAUUGUUUCAACUGUUGCUUAUAUGCAUCAAAAAGGUUAUUGUCAUCGUGAUCUUAAGCCAGAAAAUUUAUUACUUGAUCAUAAAGAAAAUUUUAAAUUGAUCGAUUUUGGUUUGUGUGCUCAACCAAAAGGUGACAUUAAUUUAGUAUAUUUAGGUACAGCUUGUGGUAGUCCAGCAUAUGCUGCACCGGAAAUUCUUGUUGGAACGAAUUAUCGAGGUGACGUGGCUGAUGUUUGGAGUCUUGGUGUUCUUCUUUAUGUACUAUUAUGUGACAGUCUUCCAUUUGAUGAUGAAAAUAAUGUUAUCUAUCAUAUAUCAUCAUAUUUAUCACAAGAAAGUGUUGCAUUACUUCGUCUUAUGCUUCAAAUUGAUCCAACUAAACGAAUUCGUAUAGAUGAUCUUCUUUGUCAUUCAUUACUUAUAAAUCAUGUUUAUACUGAACCUGCCAAAUGA